AAGGAAGCCUUCGAAAUCGCGUAGAUAAGGAAGCCUGGUUCCUCCAUCUCACACAAACAUGCUUCCCAAUCAUCUUACCCUCAAUGCUUAUCACUGAACCCUAAUCCUCACUUUCCCUUCCAAAAUGCAAGGCCUGAACCAGCGUCGCCUCUUGUUGAAGAAGCUCACGUUCAGGCUUCUCUGUGCUGCGCUAUGUUUCGGGUUCUCCGGCGCUGCCAGGGGUCUCGAUUCCGGCCUUAUCGCGAGUACCGUUGCAGAACAAUCAUUCAUCGACCAGUUCCAUCUAAAGGCCAACUACCUCAGUGCGUCCCAACAAGCAAACCGCUUGUCCAACAUCACGUCGAUGGUGCACAUUGGCAGCCUGCCCGGCGCCAUAGUCGCUUUUCUGUGUAGCGAGCGCAUCGGAAUACUGUGGACAAUUCGUCAAUGUUGCCUGCUCUGGAUCAUAGGCUCUCUGAUAUUCAUGACGUCGCACAACCUUGGGCAGGUAUAUGCAGGUCGCUUCAUCAUGGGCCUUGGUAUCGGACAAUUUGGUGUAGUCGCUCCCAUCUAUCUCGGCGAGGUGGCUCCCAAGGAGAUUCGUGGGAUGCUUGUGGGUACAUACGGCAUGUCCGAAUACCUGGGGAUCAUGAUUGGGUACUUCUCCAUAUGGGGAGCGUCUAUUCACAUCCCCAACUCGAGUGCCAAACAGUGGGUCAUCCCGCAGAGCGUUCAGAUCAUGUGGGCAGGCUUGCUUCUAGUUGCUUCCUUGUUUUGUGAAGAGAGUCCCCGGUUUUUGUGUCGACAGGGCCGCCCUAGAGCAGCACUCCAUUCUCUUGCACGAUUAUGGAACCUGUCGCCGUUGGAUCCGGGAAUUCACAUCGAGGUAUCUAAUGCUCAAAUUCAGCUUGAUAUUGAAGGCCAGGUGACAUCAGGAGCGCGCUUCCUUGGAGCACUGAAAAGGCUCUUUGGAACCAAAGACCAUUUGAAACGGAUUGCUUUUGUGUGUGUUUUGCAGUGCCUGGGCGAAUGGUCCGGCCCAAAUUCAGUAACAACCUAUGCACCAGAGUUGUUCGGAAUCUUCGGAAUCCAAGGACAGUCGCAAAAACUCUUCACGACAGCCAUUUUCGGUGCUGUCAAGUUCGCAUUUGCCUUGAUAUCUGCUUUGUUCUUGAUAGAUUCCCUGGGCAGAAGGAAGACCUUAUAUCUUGGUCUUGUCAUCCAGGUUAUCGCUCUGACUUAUGACUCGAUAUUUCUCACCGUUUAUUCCUCCCUAUCGGGUGACUCGCAAGGGCCAGCAACGAAGCACGCUGCCAUUGGCGCGAUCGUGAUGAUCUACUUCAUCGGUGUUGGAUGGGCUUUAGGCUGGAACUCCAUCCAGUAUUUGAUCACAGCAGAAUCCUUCCCUCUAGGUGUUCGAAUUGCAGGUGUAAGCCUCGUCACUUUAUGGCAUUAUGCAAACCGGAUCGGAAUCUCCAAGGCUACCACAUUGAUGCUGCUCUCAUUGACACCUAAAGGCACUUUCUGGUUUUUUACAGGGAUGUCUUUGCUAGGGCUCGUGUUUGCGUGGUUCUUCCUGCCUGAAACUUCCGGGAAGGGAUUGGAAGAGACGAAUAAGUUGUAUGGUGAGGGUGGCAAAUCCCCGCACGACGACAAGGAAUCCAUUUAAACGCGAAUAUUAAGCUAUGCGGAAUUUGCCCGCCACCCUCUGUACAGGCAGGCGCUGGUUAGUGGAAGCAAGGUGGCCCCUAAGGCUAUAUCCGCAUAUUUCCGUUAUUCCCCAACUGAACCGGGGCUAUUGCGCUUACCCCGCAAACCUUGUCUCUCCUUUGUCCUUUCUUGGUCUUUAUAGGCUUUAGAGCUCCCGGUGGACCAAUUUGAUCGACCUCACCGCCACAAAUCACAAGUGAGGCCUCAGGUGGAGUCCAAUCUGGGCGGUGCUGUCGAUUGGCAGAGGGCUCAAACUAAUCGCCAACCAGACUCGUUAGCGGAUUGCCAGCGCGGAAUGGCAUUCCACUUGGCUACCUUGGCAUUCCUUCAGGGCCGUAUAGCUGCGGAAUAGGGUCCAUUUGCCCUCUAGACCUGUGCAACCCAUAUAUUUAAAGAGGGGCUAGUCCCCUUGGCCAUCCGAUC